AGGGGGGGGGGGAGAGAGACAAGCUAGCUGCUGCAGACCAGAGCUGCACAGAUCCGCCGCAUGCAGCGAGCAGCCCGACGAGUGGGUGGCUGCGACCGAGCCGCAUCACCGGCGAGAAAAAAAAGCCGCGGAAAUGGAAGCAGCUGACAACAAGUCCGUGUGCGAGCGCCGCUGCGCGUGGACUCGCGUCUGCAGGAGUUACCCACGCACCCGGCUUCCGUUGAUGACGAGCUCAACGUGUUGACACGGCGGUGACAAACUUGUGUUUUGUCAACACAAAGUCGCGAUGACUCCCCAACUGUGAACGCGAUCUGCUGUGCAACGUAAAAGAAAAAAGAAAAAAAGAUGUCCACCUUCUGCCUGCAGGUCGCCUUUACAUUGUCAUGGCACGCAACGGGCUCCGGCUAUGACCUGGAGCGGAAGCCACGAUGUGGGCAUGGCAGGAUCGCACCGACCGACGCCGGUUUGACGUCACUCGGGAGCCCGGCCCCGGCUCACCAACUAUCUGUCAUCCGCGGAGCAGGGAAGGACGUGACAUGACGUGACAUGGAGCCAAACUUCCCCCUGGACACUUACAUAUAUAUGCGUCGUAGCGUGUUAACAAAAAACCCAUAAAAAGUCUACACGGAUUUCUCGAUUCUCCGUGUUUUAUUUUUCUUCUUCCGGUUAGCGGCUUCGACAUCUUAGCCAAACUAGCUAAGCUAGUUGGCUAGCUAGCUUAGAAACCGAUCGAGGCAGUAACCUGAGACUUGACGCAUGGCGUUAAUCCUGUUUACGAGGUCCCGGGCACCUUUCAUGAAAACGUCCCGGUCUCUGAAGAACGAAUUCCGGAAAGGGAAACUUCAAGAUGGUUCCUGCUUCAGCUGCACAGCCCUCAGACUCUCCAGUCAGAAACUUGAUGGAUAUCGACUCGGCGGUCCGGCCCAGGUCUCCUCGUCCGGGCCUCACCUCCCUGUGUCAGACGGGUACGCGGGCCCCUGCCAGAGCUCCGACUCUCUGCGGUUCCACUGCGCGUUUGCGCUGGGGGCCUCCCCCUCGCUGCACCCCGCCAUCACAACGGGGGCCCAGUGGACGAUAGCGCGGCCGCAGGACAUCCGGUGGAUACACACUUCGAGGAGGAGAUGGGACGAGUCCAAGGUGGAGAAGUCGCUGCGUUCGAUAAAGGACAAGAAGAAGCUGGAGGAGGGGGGGCCGGUGUACAGUCCCACGCUGGACGCGGAGCGGGUGAGACGGACGGUCCGACAGUGGGUCGUGGACGAAGUCAAGCACUACUACCACGGCUUCAGGCUGCUGUGGAUCGACACCACCAUCGCCGGGCGAAUGCUGUGGAGGGUGCUGAACGGAAACGUCCUGUCCCGACGCGAGAGGAGACAGUUUCUCAGAACGUGCGCGGAUGUCUUCAGACUUCUUCCCUUCCUCGUCUUCAUCAUCGUCCCCUUCAUGGAGUUCCUGCUGCCCGUCGCCCUCAAACUCUUCCCCAACAUGCUGCCGUCCACCUUCGAGACACAGACGAAGAAGGAGGAGAGGUUGAAAAAGGAGCUGCGGGUCAAACUGGAGAUGGCCAAGUUCUUGCAGGACACGAUCGAGGAGAUCGCUCUGAGGAACAAGGCGGCGCAGGGCAACGUGACAGAGGAGUUCUCCACCUUCUUCCAGAAGAUCCGUGACUCCGGCGAACGUCCCAGCAACGAGCAGAUCAUCAAAUUCUCCAAGCUCUUCGAGGACGAGCUGACUCUGGACAACCUGACCCGACCCCAGCUGGUGGCGCUCUGCCGCCUCCUGGAGCUCCAGUCCAUCGGGACCAACAACUUCCUCCGCUUCCAGCUCAUCAUGAAGCUGAGGGCCAUCCGUGCAGACGACAAGAUGAUCGCGGAGGAAGGAAUGGAGACUCUGAACGUGAACGAGGUGCAGGCGGCCUGUCGCGUCAGAGGGAUGAGAUCUCUGGGAGUCACAGAGGAACGACUGAGAGAGCAACUCAGCCAGUGGUUGGAGCUGCACCUGAACCAGCAGAUCCCCACGUCUCUGCUGCUGCUGUCUCGGGCCAUGUUCCUCCCCGACACCCUGUCGCCUGCCGACCAGCUGAAGACCACACUGCAGACGCUCCCCGAGAUGGUGACGAAGGAGGCCCAGCUGAUGGUGGCGGAGAUGGAGCUCUCCAAAGUGGACAACAAGACCAAGGUGGAGUCGAUGCUGCAGGAGGAAGCGGCCAUACGCCAGGACAACAAGGACCGCGAGAUGGAGCGGUUGGCCGACGCCGCAGAGAAGGUUGCCAGGGGUGAGCUGGAGCUGGACAUGGAGCAGACGAUGUCCAAGGCCGACGCGGCUGCUCAUUCAGAGAUACUGAGGGACACGGCGCCUGUCAUAGAGGGACUCAAGGAUGAGGAGAUCACCAAGGAGGAGAUCGACAUGUUGAGCGACGCCUGCUCCAAGCUGAAGGGCCAGAAGAGGCUGCUGACUCUGGAGAAGGAAGAGCUGGAAGAGCUGAAGGACGACGUCCAGGAAUACAACGAGGACCUGGAGGAGAUCAAGAUGGAGCUCUCCAAGAGCGGCCAGGCGAAGACGGUGAAGGAGUCGAAGGCGAGCCAGCGUCUGUCCAAGAGGGUGAACCGCAUGAUCGGCCGCAUCGACAACCUCAUCCUGGAGCUGGAGAAGGACAAGGUCAUCCUGGACGGGAAGAUGGACAGUGGAAGCACCCCGCCUGUUGGAUUAUUCUUUUCUAAGUAUAGUGAUGCCACGAGUCUGUUCUACGCCUUCAGGGAGAACCUCAUCAGCAUCGACGAGCUGAUCGGCGUCAUGCGGCAGAUCCAGAACAUUCCAGAGCACAAGCUGCAGAGCAUCGCCGAGGCCCUCGACGACAACAAGGACGGCAAGAUCGACAUCGACGACGUCAUCAAGGUGGUGGAGCUGAUCGACAAGGAGGACAUCGACAUCUCCACCUCUCAGGUGACGGACAUCAUGGCGAUGCUGCAGAAGGAGGAGAAGCUGAUCGAGAAGGAGAAGGCCAAGGAGAAGGCGGAGAAGGAACAGGCAGCCACAAUCAACAGCUAACUCAUAACUCAUAACUCAUAACUCAUAAGAGACGCAGAGAACUUGUAAAAAGACGUUGAGAAGCUUGUGACUGGUCACAGAAAAACUCUGGACGCGAGAGAACGAGUCACGAGGUAACAGCUGUCCUUUCAUCAUAAAUUUAGCUUCUUACGAAGAAAAAAAACCAAUCAAAAAGGCCCAUUGCCUUUUAAAAAUUAAAAAAAAAAAAGCUUCUAUUUUGCCAGAAUGUUCUGGACUGAUCAUGUGAGACAUGUGUAGAAGAAUUAAUGAACAGAGGGAACAGAGGUACACAACACCAUGGUCGUUCUACCGACAUCAAAGAUGGUACAUUAUUUAAAUUAUAUAUAAAUUACUAUAUAAAAGAUAUUACUCCCUGAAACUCUUAUCGGCUCCUAAAAAUCCAAGGUGAUAAAUAUUAUUUAAAAUUUGAGGUGAACCGUCUUUUGCCUUUUCAUUUCGCUCAUGUCGUCAUCAUCCCAGAGAAAUGAGUCGAUCAUUUCUAAAAACUCGGUACAGUAAAAAAACAAACUUUACUGUCGUCAUCGUCAUUCCACCCUGUUUAUUUAUUUUUUUUGCUCAUCGAUUUUGUUCAUCCAUCAAAACUCCCAUGUUGUAAAUUGCUAACUUUUUUUUUUUCUUCUCUGAACUGUACUCGGGACAGGAAGCGCAUUGUUGGCGAGCGGAUGUUUAAAAUGGUGGCUGCAACCAAAGAUCUCAUAAGAGCCAGUAUUAAAAAAAGAUUUAAAAAAUCAUAAAACAUCAACUUAUACAUCAAAAUGCAUACAUUUAUCCAUUUAAACGAAAAAUGAAAAGCUGUAGGUAAAUCAAAUUUAAAAAAAGCCAAGGACUGAAGUUAGCAACAUGCACAUCAAUAUUAAAAAUGACUGUACUGUAAAUGUCUUUACAUUUUGUACUUAUAUAUAAUAAUAUUUUGUCUCAGCUUAGUGUUACUUCCUGUGUUCACCUGUAUAAAAAUGCCAAAGUUGCACUGCGGCACAUUUGAAACUGAUUCUGAUAACUCCUAAAAAACAGCCGAUCAAACUUAAUUGUACGAUGGGGAUCACACCAGCCACAACACACACACACACACACACACACACACACACUCUGUCGUGGCUGGUGAUAAAUAUGAAGCACAAUCCGUGUCGGGACGCAGCCCAUCAACCAAAACAUUGGUCAGCUGUUGCUAGGCGAGUUUUAUUUUUUUUACUAGUAUCCAUGUCAGUUGUUAGGAGGUUGUCUGGUGGAGGCGGCGGCUUUGUGUGAUUGUUAGGUUGUUCAAUUUAUUGCUCAUGAGUGGGGAUGAUAAGUGACCUUCGGAUAUCAUGGAUUAUAUUUCUGCUGUAUAUUUUUUUAAAGACGACAAUAGAGCUCUUAUAUUCUUUACACUUGAUGUAAUAUACUAGUUGUUGUUUUUGGGGUGUUGAGGAAAACUGGAUGAGUUGGUUUUUAAGGCACAUGCUUAUUAUUAUUUUAUUUUUUUGCACUGCUGCCGUGAUAGUGCGUCGGUCGGAAACGAGUAUUCCUCAGAUGUCAGAUCAUAUUUGAAUCAGCUACUCUGCAUUUAAUUAUUCUUGCUUAUACUCCGAACAGCCUGUCACAAUUACGGCUUUAACUAAAGAUUCUAUUUUUAUUUUUUGUAUAUAUAUAUAUAUAUUUAUUAUUUGUUUUAUGGAAAACAAUGCCCAAGGAGACGUUUUCAAAUUGUUUUAGUUGUUUGGGGUUGUUGGGGUUAAUUUACUUAAUUAAGGACGUAUACAAGAAAUUUAUGAUCAGAAUCACUGAAGUCAUCAAUUGAUUGGAAUCAUUUCAGAACUUGACAGUUGUCAUGGUUAAUAAACCAAACUUUAAUAUAAAUGUAUUAAUUCACAUGAGGAAAAAAAUUAUAAUUUGAAAUCAUAUUAUUUUACAGCUUGAAUAACGUCAGUUAUGAAUUCAUAACUCUUACUCUUGAUAAUGCUGUGUUCACUACAAACGCAGAGCAAAUUCAUCGCAAAUCGAUUUGCUUACAAAAUCCAUGACUGACAUUAUUUAAGAUGUAAAAUAACAUAUUUCUUUAAUAUUUUCUCUCUCAUGUGAAUUAAUUCUUUUAAUAAUCCGCUCGAUCUCCAUCGGACGCAGACGUCGGGAAGAAUGCGUCCGCGACAUUGCGUCACACGAAAUACUGAAGCGAAUGACUCUGUGUUAUUUGCGUCUGUGCGUUGACUUUGUGUGUAAUCUCGUCGCACGAAAAAUUCACUUUGCGUUCGACGUGUCCUCCACCAAGACUCCUGACUUUGAUCAAUGUCACAUUCGUAGGUGGUCAAAGGAGAACCUUCGGUGUACAAAACUAAAAUUGUUUGGCCAUCAACAAAGCCGGGUUGCUAUAGGAGCUGCUGUUAUUUCGUGUUGUGGUCGUUGGCCGACGCUCUGUUUUUAUUCCUCCACGGUAACUAGAGAGAAGAGCUCAGGUGUAAACACGUAUACGUCUGAAGUGGCACCAGAGAUAACGCCGAGUGGACGACCCUCCGUUUUAAAUCCCCUUCCCGGAAUCCGCCUUCAUACGCGCUGAUGAUUAAGCGCUGCGGCCCCAUCGCUGCCCCAGGCCAGACCCAGUCAGACUGAUGGGGCACAGGGGUAAACACUCGCCCCGUACAUGGGCCGGAGCCAGCGCCCGCUGGAGGCUUGUGUUUAGGUUGGACAUGCUCCGGCGGGACGCGGCGCGUAAAUCAGCCGCCGGCGUAAACACGCGGAGGGAACGUCGUGACAACUCCGCGAUUACACUGGGCAGAGGAGCGCGGUGUUUUUCGUGACAAGUCGCGCUCGGUCCGUGGAAGCGGCAUCUGUGUACGCGAGCAACGCGAGGUCAGAAGGAGGAGGGAAGGUGACGCACACUGUGCCAGUGUACCUGAGGAUGACGGAGAUCGAUACUCGGCUCCAGUGUCGACGUGAAAGGGUUGAAAAGAUUAAGAGAAUUUGAAUUUAAAGGCCGCUGUGUCGACACAGUUCGGCGAAAAAAAGAAGCUUUUUGCUGUAACAGACGCUUUGAUGGACAAUCCUAUACAUGCGUUUGAAUAAUCCAUGCAUUCACAUAAUUCCUGUGUAAAUGUAACAUCUUCUUUUUGCCCGGAAAUUUGGAUGAAAGUGACGUUUCCAUGGCGUUAUUAUUGAACUUCAAACUCACUGGUCGUCACCUCCGGUAGAGAUCCGUCAGUCAGUGGAAAAUUAAUAAGCAUCAAGUGAAAAAGUUUUAAAAUUAAUUGAAAUUGAUUAAUCUUUAUUUUGAAUGCCUAUAUUUCGAAAUGCAUUCAAGAAAUCCUGGGGAAUAUGAUUUCAUUUUGACUUGUAGAAUAUAUGAUAUCAGAAACUGAAUGAUAUAGACUUAAAACAAAAAGAUUAUGUUCGCUUAUAUCUCCGACAUCACGGAAUCAUCUCUCGAACGUCAAACACACAACAGAUCUUCUGCGGUCGCGCUCGAUGUUUGAUGAUCGAGCUGCGUUCACAGCUCACCAAAAAUGACCGUUGUCCUUCUCUUGUCACCGUGUACAGUACAUGCACUAUUCAACCUUUAUUUAUUUUAUUAUUUUUGAUACAGCGGGUGUGUUUAAGUGUUUUUAAAGCGAUGGACUCAGGGUGCGAAUGUCCAGUUCUGCUGUCGGUAUCCACGACAACAAACCGUCCUCAGAAAAUAAUUCCUGUUGCGUUUGCGGAGCUUGUGCACUAGAAGAACAAAUACUUAAAGCAAUAACGCUUUUAUGCAUCUUGUACCUUUUUUUUCUUCUUUUUGAGUUGGGACGGGUGUUUAAUAUCUUAGAAUAUAUUGUAAUAUAUGUAAUUUAGAAAAAGAAAUGCGACCAGCAGGGAAGGGGAACGCAAAGAGGGUUUCUCGUGCGGCUUCUCUUCUCAAUAUCACGCUGAUAUUCUGCUUGAAGUUCAGCUUUCCUUUUUUUUUUAAAAAGUACUUUUGCACCAGCCCUUUUUAUCACUAGAGAAAAGCAAAUGUUUUGUAGAAUAUCUGAAAAGAAGAGUGAGCACAGGAGUUUAAAUGAAAAAAAAAAGAAAAAAGAAGGCAGCUGGAGACUGAACGCCGGAUCAGGGACAAAAGCAUGGCAGCUGCUUUCAGACAUGAGCCGAAGUCCGGAUAGUCUCCAAUCAGAUUUCAGAGUGAGCCCAUGGCUGUGUCCCGAUUCAGGAGCCUGGCUCCUUCGGCGGCUACGCUUGAAGACCGAUUGCGUCGCAGCGUCGGGCCUCGACUGUCCCAUUCCGAAGGCUCUUUCAAACCAGGUGGACCCAGGAUUCAUUGCGCGCCGAUGACACUUUUAAACUGUUGGCAACUGCAGCUCCGUUGCCAGGCGAUAGCGGAAAGGACCGUCUCUUUUGUGGUUCGGCCGUUGGCGGUGUUCGCGGCCGCGUAGACCAGGUCUUCGUAGACCAGGUCUUCGUAGACCAGGUCCUCGUAGACCAGGUCCUCGUAGACCACGUCCUCGUAGACCACGUCCUCGUAGACCAGGUCUUCGUAGAUCAGGUCCUCGUAGACCACGUCCUCGUAGACCACGUCCUCGUAGACCAGGUCCUCGUACACCAGGUCCUCGUACACCACGUCCUCGUAGACCAGGUCCUCGUAGACCAGGUCCUCGUACACCAGGUCCUCGUAGACCAGGUCCUCGUACACCACGUCCUCGUAGACCACGUCCUAGUAGACCACGUCCUCAUAGACCAGGUCCUCGUAGACCACGUCCUAGUAGACCACGUCCUCAUAGACCAGGUCCUCGUUCCCUGAACUGGGACACGGCCCGUGUGAGAAUACCGCAGGAAAACCUCCGGAAGAUGAACAGCGAGCUGAGUUGUUCCGUAAACGUUCCUGUUGCCGCAAACGCGUCUGACUCGGACAAUCUCCUCUCCUGCUGCGUUCUGCACACGCCGGACGUCAAACGCCGGGCAAAGCCCGUACCGCCAGUUUUGCGGACAUUUUCCGGAUGUGCGUGUCUGAAAAACGGCCGAUGUGGAAUCAGGGUCUUGUCUGUUUCUGGCAGAUACGGGAGAAGGGAGACGAAUCGCAGACGUCUCUCUGGUUUCAUGCAAAGUUCUCAACACAAUCAGUUCACACAUUGGUUAGAAAAAUGUUCCUUUUAUUUUUAAGUAGCAGUGCAGCCACCAUCGUUUCUCACAGAAAACCUGUUCUGAGGUCGGGGCUCGCCUCGAAUUUUCCAAAUUCAGACAGUAGCUUGAAGCGAGUUAGCGACCGACACAGUGUAAGUGUGCGUCAGUGUGUGUGUAUGUGUGUGUGUUCAGCCUCGGACUCUCACACACACACACACACACACAUUCCGUCAGUUUUUGCAGACUCAUUGACGUUGUGCGUGAUCGCGACCCCCUCGUGUCGUGUUGUGAACCUCAGAUUUUGUGUGAAGAGCAACUCUCAACAUGCAAAUGUUUCAAAGUUCAUGUGAUCUCAGAACUCAAACAAGGUUAUCAAAUAUAUUGCACAUCAGAUUCCCUAAAUCAGGAAAAAAACCCUCUUCCCAGUUUGAAAAGUGAGGCGACAGGAUUAUAUGAUGUGUAAGAAUGUAAAAAAAAAUUGAGAUAUAUGUUAGUAAUUGACUCGAUAUGAGAUUUAGCCUAUUGGAUUUUUCUUUUGAGAUUUAUUUAUUUAUUUAAUCAAAAUUUUUCCCCAAAGUUGUUUUAUUAUUUUUCCCAUCACAGGAAACGACCGAGCUUCCGGAGCUGAUUUCGGUUGUUUAACAUUCAAAUCUCAAAAUGUAUGAAAAAGCAUCAAAAGUUUCCUUCUUGUUCAUGUAGAGAAAAACAAGACGACAAUUUACUAAACUAAUCCAAAAGUGUUGAAUAAAUAAUGGUUGAUCCUGA